CUCUCUCUCUCUGCCCCCCUCGACGCCUCCAGCCCUCCCUCCACCCCCUCCCCCAAGUAAACGAAACACACGCCCCACCAUGGCCUCCCGGAUUGCGAGGCUGCUCCAGCACCGCCGCCUCCUCGCCACCGCAGCGGAGGCGUCCGCCCGCCACGCGCCCCGCGCUCCCUGCGCAGGCUCCGCCAUCUCCAAGGAUGUUGCUAAGGCUGAAGCUUCAUGUUUGAAAAACUCAAGGUGGUACAUGACCAGGUCAAACACUUCAGGUCCUUUGACCACUCAUGAUGAGUGCCGCAAAGCAUUUCCUUCUUUCAUAAGGCCAUCUGCAUCUUAUUCCACAAAAGCUUCGGACCAGAAUCCAAAACAGGAGGGAAAAGACUUGUCAACUACAGAACAUCCCUUUGAUGAUAUUACCUACAAUAUACCUGAGAAGCCAGUGACAUUUACUGAAGGUGCUUCUUACAGUCUUGUAAUACUUGCUGGACUUGGAAUUGCAGCUCUGGCUGGAUAUGCUGUGUUCAAAGAACUUAUAUUUGAACCAAAAGAGUACAAGAUAUUUGGGAAAGCUCUAGCAAGAAUUCAGAGUGAUAGCCAGGUCACGGGAAGAAUUGGCCACCCUAUUACUGGAUAUGGCCAGGAAACUAGAAACCGUGCAGCUCGGCAACGAAUUCCAAAUAAGAUUUGGACAGACGAGGAUGGUGUUGAACAUGUAGAGGUGAACUUUCUCAUCCGUGGGCCACAUGGAGCAGGAAAGGUGUACUCAGAGAUGUUCAAAGAUAAUUCUGACCGGACAUGGAAGUUCACAUAUCUUGUUGUUGAAAUCGUGUCUCCACAACAUGCAAAAACACAACUGAUGUUAGAAUCUUACUUACCAGCGUAAGGAUGCAAGAAACAAAAGCUAGCCGUGGCACGACGUUGUAAGACUUAGCACAAUUGGGAAGAUCGAAAACAAGUUUUGGCUAAACUGAGAAUGUUACGAACAAGUCCAGGCAGGUUUGUAUACUUGUGAACAAGCUUUCAGAAUGUACUGGCAGCGAACCUGUAUUAUGGAGUAAUAACCUGUUCUUGCAUUACUAGAAGGCAAAUUGGUUUCCGAAUUCAGACAAUUGAUAUCUUGAAACGUUGUGAUGUUUCUUUAAAAAAGUUUGCUGUACCUCCCAAUUAACUGGGGAAAGCCCUGCAUUCCUGGAUGUUAAGGGUAUUUUUGAUAUGUUGAUCUCAUAAGUAGCUUAUAUUGUCCAAACAAUGUGGCCUAACUCUCUAAGUCAUCUAUGACAAAUCGUGGCAAUUUUUGCUGAC